GGUAGCUCUUCAAGAACAAAUUGUGCCGUCUCCAGCCCGGAAAAGCACAAUAAAGCCUAUAUCAGAUACAGCCUCGUCUUUCUUUCUUUUUUUUCCUGUGGAAAAAAAAUUAAAUAUAGAAAGCGCAAUAAAACAGUGGGUGCGGGCAUUAUGUACAGGGAUGAUGAAGGCGACGAUGGCUAUGGAUCAUAUGUUGAAUAUGAUCCCACGGGUCGUUAUGCUCGUUUGGAUGAGAUGUUGGGGAGAGGGGCAAUGAAAAAGGUGUACAAGGCAAUAGAUAUGGUGGUUGGGAUGGAAGUGGCAUGGAGCCAAAUCAAGCUCAAUGACCUGCUCCAUUCACCCAAUGAUUUGCACAGGCUCUACUCUGAGGUCCAUCUUUUGAGCACUCUCAACCAUGACUCCAUCAUCAAGUUCUACACUUCUUGGAUUGAUGUGGGGAAGAAGACCUUCAAUUUUAUCACUGAGAUGUUCACUUCCGGUUCCCUCAGAGGAUACAGGAAGAAGUAUAAGCAAGUUGAGAUAGGAGCCGUUAAAAUUUGGGCGCGCCAAAUACUCAUGGGCCUUGUUUUCUUGCACGGCCAUGAUCCUCCAGUGAUCCAUAGAGACCUCAAGUGUGACAAUAUAUUUGUCAACGGCCAUCUUGGACAAGUCAAGAUUGGGGAUCUUGGCCUUGCAGCAAUUCUUCAUGGUUCUUCCACGGCACAUAGCGUUAUUGGAACGCCUGAGUUCAUGGCACCAGAGCUAUAUGAGGAGAAUUACAAUGAGCUGGUGGAUGUAUACUCCUUUGGCUUGUGUAUACUAGAGAUGCUCACGGGCGAGUAUCCAUACAGCGAAUGCAAUAACCCUGCUCAAAUUUACAAGAAAGUGACCUCGGGUAAAAAGCCGAGGGCGUUUUACAAGGUUGAAGACUUAGAAGCACAACAGUUCAUUGCGAAAUGUUUGGAACCCGUGUCUAAAAGAUUGUCAGCUAAGGAACUGAUCCUCGACCCCUUUCUUGCCUCUCCUGAUUUUAAGGGGAUGUCAUUGGCUAUGGCUGCGUGUCAAAAGCCUUUCUUGAAUGACACCAUUGGAAUGGAGGACUUGAACUUGAACGACGAUGUCCCUUCAACCAGCAUGACUAUCACUGGGAAGUUGAAUCCAGUGGAUGAUACCAUCAUUCUUAAGGUCCAGAUUGCCGAUAAAGAAGGUGCAGUUAGGAACGUGUUUUUCCCAUUCGACAUUUUAAGUGAUACACCAACCGAAGUUGCAAACGAGAUGGUGAAGGAACUAGAAUUUACAGAUUGGAAGCCUUCUGAAAUUGCAAAUAUGAUUGAUGGGGAGAUUAGUGGCUUAGUGCCUCAAUGGAGGAAAUGGAAUAAUCAUUACGAGUCGUCCGAUAAUCGUCACCAUGUGCUCAAUUACAAAGACGACGACAAUGACUACCCCAACCCCUUCUGGUCAGUCUCCUCUAACGCAUCAUCCCACGGUUCAGUCUCUGGUUUGAUCACUUCCCAAGAUAUGGACGGGACAAGCCACAACCUAUGGUUUCAAGAUGAAGAUACAAGCUCGCAGAGCUCUUCGCACUCGGGAAACUAUUCAAACUUGAACUACUUAUCAGGAGAUGAGAACAAUCAAACUCUGAGCUGCACUUUUGGUGAGCACCAGAGCCAAACCAGAUUCUGCCCGGGGGAAAGUUCCGCCCCACAAAGACAAUGCAGCGGUGGGGUUGAGGCGAAGAAAGACAAGAGGAGGCUAACGAGGAACCGGUCGCUGGUAGACAUGCGGAGCCAGUUGCUGCACCGGUCAUUGAUGGAGGAGGUGAGCAAGAGGCGAAUGUUUAAGACUGUGGGUGCUGUUGAGAAUAUUGGAUUUGAAGCUCCUUGUGAGGGGGGAUCCAGAAAGAGCCAUAGACCAAAGAGGAACUGAUUUUUCCUUUCUUUCUUUCUUUCUUGCUUGUUAAUAUAAUGAAUUGAAUUGUUGGAAGAGUCAUGCUAGGAUCAUACCAGGUUUGACAUCAAGAGUUUGAUACCAAUACCGAAGUGUUUCACACAAUACAGUCAUUGUCACUGUGACACAGAGACAAUCAUAAUCUAUACAUGUCUGUGAAAUAUUUGGUGUCAAACGUGAUGGUUGUUUUGCAUUUUUGUUGUUGGAAUGUACAAUAGUGUGUUGCCAUGAUGUAUUAUAUAUAUUACAGUUUAUGUACAUAUAUUUCUCUUUUACCGAACUCAUUUUGGAGCUAUUUGUAAAAACUUUAUGGUGGUUUCGGGAUCGUUCGUGCCAGAGUACAAAACAUCUUUUUAGGUCUAUAAUCACAAGUUUUCUAAGCCAAUAGGUAUUAAAGUUUUGUUGAUCUA